AGUUUAUUGCUGAGCAACGGAGGAAGAGAAGGCCAGCGCACUCAGGGCUGGGCUCUACACACACCUUCAACAGCGACUCGCGGCUAAAAGAAAAGGACAGUACUUCUCCUGCUGUCCUAUGACAGCAUGGAAACUUCAGUUAUGACAGGAUGCCAGUGCUGCUAUAUUUUACGCCCAAUUGCUCAGUGAGACAGCAACAGUUACUCCAAGCCACACUUGAACCCGUCUGAAGAGGAGGGAAAAUAAACUCGCUGAUGGGAUGGCCUAGCUUUGUUGCACGGCCAGUGGUCUGUCAGCUGUGGUCUAUCACCUGGACCAGAGCAGGUGUGUACUAGAGGCAGCAGCAGGCCGUAGAGAUGAGCGUGACCUCUUGGUUCCUGGUGAGCAGCGGGGGAACUCGUCAUCGACUCCCCCGGGAAAUGAUCUUCGUGGGCAGGGAUGACUGCGAGCUUAUGCUGCAGUCUCGUAGCGUAGACAAGCAGCACGCAGUCAUCAACUAUGAGCCGGGGACUGACGAACACAAAGUGAAGGACCUGGGAAGUCUGAACGGGACCUUUGUAAACGAUGUCCGCAUUCAGGAGCAGAUGUACAUCACGCUGAAACUGGAGGACAAGCUGAGGUUUGGAUAUGAUACCAACCUGUUCACGGUGGUGAGAGGAGAGCUCACUGUGCCUGAGGAAGCUCUAAAGCAUGAAAAGUUCACCAGUGGCCUCCAGUUCAGCAAGAAGCCAUCCAACAGUGAAACCACAACCAAGAGCCAUUCUCCUUCUAAGGCCUCAACGAAAACGCCAAAGUCACCGAGUGGCGCCACUCCAAGGUCUGUGGAGAGCAGAGCAGCAGAUGGGCUCACUUCCUCCAGAGAGCAGUCAACCAAGCCGCUGGACUCUCAAGGAGACAGUACAGCUCUGCCUCGUGGGACUCCCCUGUAUGGUCAGCCCUCAUGGUGGGGUGAUGGAGAUGCAGACGAUGAAAACUCCUUCAAACAGGAAACCAAGUCCAAAAAACACGAUGGCUCCAUUUCAGAGAGCAAGGAGGCGCGUCGGGGAGAGAAAGCUAAAGAGGACGGCCUUCAUGCGUCCCCUGCUCUCGAUUCCAGUUACUUUGAGGUUCCCACAAAGGAAGGUCACAUGGCAAAUAAUGGCAUCCAUGAAAUUCCCACCAAGGACACAGAGGAUGCUCCCAGUCAAAGCCACACCACUGCAGCUCAAGGGCACGCCUCCUUCACCAUUGAGUUUGACAACACAUCUCCAGGGAAAGUCACCAUUAAAGACCACGUGUCAAAGUUCACGUCGGACCACCACAGAUCCCGCACCAAGAAGAGCACGGCGGGAAGCGGCGGCUCCGGAAGCAAGGACCUCACCACGCUGCAGGCCGCCAUGAUGGCAUCUGAGAGCAAAGUGGCGGAUUGGCUGGCUCACAACGACCCCACGUUAUUGCACACGGAGUCCACCGAGGACGACAGCAAGAGUAUAAAGAGUGACGUCCCGGUCCACCUAAAGAGGCUCAAAGUAGGGAGCAAGCAUGAAGAUGGCACCCAAAGUGACUCUGAGAACGGACUCGGCCUGCGUUUCGCCAACCGUAGACACGCCCUCGAGGAGCGCCUGAAGACAGCACACAACCACGUGGGAGGGGGAUCCGCAGGGGCGGCCGCGACGGUCAGCGGGACCAGAGCCACCGGCAGCCGAACGGCUUUCAUGAUCGAAUUCUACGACGAGGAAAACCCUCGCAAGCGUCGCUCUUACUCGUUUUCCCAGACUGCUCCACUGCUGGGGGGCGGAGUAGGCGGAGAAGGACUGUGUCCACAGCCUCCCUCGCACCCUAAGGUGUUCAGUAUUUCAACGUCCGCUGCCUCAGCUGCAGAUUCAGGUAAAGCUCCAGCUCCAAUACCAGCCACAGUAACUGUGGGCGCUCCAACCGCUGCCCGUGUGCUGCUCAAGCAGAGAUCAGAGGACCAAAGUAUUGGUCGGAGCUCAGCUAGUACGGGGCUGGCGACUGGGAGCCCCACGACUCCCAGCGAGGACACUUCUGUCCUCGGCAAGGGAGCUGGAACUGCUGGGGGAGAGGUGGACGAUGACCACAGUGACAAGGGGACUUACACUAUCGAACUGGAGAAUAAAAAUCCAGAAGAAGAAGAGGCCAGGCGCAUGAUAGACAAGGUGUUCGGGGUGCAGGAGAAUACAAGCAGCUUGGUUUCAUCAGACCUAAGAGGAAAAGGAAAGGACUCCGGAAACACUGGGAAAGAGGCUCCUGUUGGUGACUCAAGCUGGGUCUCUCAGUGGGCCAGUUUAGCUGCUAAUCAAGCAAGGACCGACCCAGAAGGUUCUGGAGCAGAAGCAGCAACAUUCCUGCACAAAGAGAGAGGAUCUGAUGCCUUUGAGUCUGCUGCUCCUCCCCUUGGCAAAGGUGAACCCACUUCCAGCCUGACCGACCGUAAACGCAGGACCCUCCCCCAGCUCCCAGUGGACGACCCCCGGGCUAAACCCACUCCCAAAGCACUGAGGUCUGAGAUAGGGGAGAAACAGGACACUGAGCCCCAGGAAAAAGAGAACAAGGGAGACGGAGAGUCCCCAACCCCCAUGGAAGACGGCGAAAUGACCAACAAGAGGAAACAAAGCUCGGCCACCUCCUCUCCGUCUAAGGGUCCGGUUCGGGGCACUGAAAGAAGGAAGAGGUCAGAGGAGAGCAAUGGAGGAGAAACAGGAGAAGGAGGGGAGAAAUCCGGGAAGGCCCUUGUUCGCCAGGGUAGCUUUACCAUCGAGAAGCCCAGUUCAACCGUCCCUCCAGAGCUUAUCCCUCGUAUCAACAGAGGCAACACUGAGCGGGAGCGCAGCGACUCCGUGGGCAGCAUGGACACCGCUACUCUGCUUAAAGACACGGAGGCCGUCAUGGCAUUCCUAGAAGCUAAGCUGAGAGACGAGAACAAACUAGACCUGAAAAGUAUUAAAACUCCUCCUAGUACAAGCACUGGCCUCCCAAAUCGGACUGACUCCAUAUCCCCAGAAUCAGAUGUGGACACAGCCAGCACGGCUAGCCAUGCUGCAGCAGAGGCAGGGGGAAAGGCCGCUCCAGGCGGCGUGCAAAAGCGGAAGUCUCUCAGCAGCAUGCACCGGGAAAAGAGCAAUAUGAGCACAGAGUCCAAGACGACCUCCGGAAACGGCAGCGCUCGCGAACGCCUGGAGAGGAAGGCAAAAGGUAGAACAGCCGAAGCGGCGGGGCGGACUCGCUCCGCUCAACCCACCGCUUCCUCCAGAGCACGCCAGCCAUCCCUGGAUCUCACCGACGACGACCAGACCUCUUCCUUUCCCAUCUCUGACAUUCUGUCUUCAGACCAGGAAACCUACUCUGGGCCUUUAGGGAACUCGGUUCAUAGACGAGGCUCAGAAGACGUCCUCCAUCCCAAACUCGACGGCAGAUCUUCCAAGACGUCCAUGAGCGGUGCCUCCAAAACCAGCCGAAAUCUGCAGGCAGCAACGGCCUCCUCACUGAACAAGCAGGCCUCUCUGCCUCAACCACGGCCCACUAGAGCCUCCCUUCUCCGCCGGGCCCGACUGGGGGACACGUCUGACACAGAUCUAGCCGAUGCAGACCGGGUUUCCGUGGCGUCUGAGGUCUCCACGACGAGCUCCACCUCUAAGCCGCCGUCCGGCCGGAAGGGACUGUCUCGGCUGGACAUGCUGGCUCAGCCACGGAGGAAUCGCGUGGGCUCCGUCUCGGCACGCAGCGACUCAGAGUGCACGGUGAGCCGGCCCUCCACAGCUUCACCACGCCUGUCUGCAGAGACUGCGCUGCGUCUCGGCUUGCGCUCCACAACACCCACAGAGAAUCGGCUGUCGCCAAGGAUGAGAGCCAACAGUGUGUCAAAACUCAACGAGCCCAAGGCCAAAACCACUACAUCUGGAUACUGCUCGCCCACAGAAAGCUCUCAGCCUGAACCUCCAGAUGGUGAUGCAGAGGAAGAGCUGAUGGUGUCCAGCAGCAGCAGGUGGAGGCGCCUGCCGCCGGAGUACGGCUCCACCUCCGAGGAAGAGUUCGGCUCCAGCCGGAACUCGGCAAAGCAUGGCGCUCGCCCCCACGUCCGGCACCACCACCUCGUCCCGCACCGUGGCUCGAGAUUCAGCUCCGCCGCCAGCUCGGGACCGGCGGGCGUGGCGGCGAUCCCCGGCGGAGCGGGCAUCAAACACCGCAUGAAGGAGCAGGAGGAGUACAUCAGGGACUGGACGGCUCACAGCGAAGAGAUAGCCAGGAUCAGCCAGGACUUGGCCAAGGACUUGGCCAUCUUGGCACGUGAGAUCCACGACGUGGCCGGUGAGAUAGACUCGGUCAGCUCGUCCGGCACCGCGCCGAGCACCACCGUCAGCACCGCCGCCACCACCCCGGGCUCGGCCAUCGACACCCGGGAAGAGGUAGGCCCUGCACGCCCUGCGCAGCCGGACAUACAGGAGAGCAUGAAAAAGCUGGUGGAUCGAGUGUUUGACGAGAGCCUCAAAUUUAGAAAGAUCCCUCCAGUUAUUUCAUCCAACAAGCCGCCAGAGAUCAACGGGAAGCCCGUUGAGCACCAACCCCGAGCUCCUGACGGCCGGGAGGCUCGGGCCUUGAGGAGGCGCACCUGGAACCGAGAGGAGGCGGUGUUGGACAGCCUCCUGAUCCACUCUGUGUCUCAGCUCUCAACCAAGAUCAGACACUCUGUGGACAGAACAGCAGGGAAAAUCAGGAUCUUGUUCAAGGAUAAGGACAGAAACUGGGAUGAAAUUGAGAGUAAACUGAAAUCAGAGAGUGAAGCCCCACUUCUUAAAACCUCUAACAAGGAAAUCUCUUCGAUUUUCCUCGAACUGAAGAGAGUUGAGAAACAGCUCCAAGUGAUUAACGUGAUGGUGGACCCAGACGGGACUUUGGACGCCUUGGCCAGCCUCAGCCUGUCCAGCCCCACCAAGGUCCCAACCGCCAAAGCCACGCCCCCCUCCGUCGCCAGCCCAGCCAAAGAGUCGCUGCCCGAAAUCCUUCCUGGGCCUGACGGUUCGGCCGCCUCCACCAGGGUUCAGUCUUCAGCUGCCAGCACAGAGGGCCGAGAAAGCCUCGCGGGUUUGGGCCUGGCGGGCGUCGUCGGGCUGCCCUUUAGUCGCAGGCGGCCGAGCGGAGAAGAGGCCAUCGCACAGAAAUGAGCGGCAGCUCUUCUCGAUGAGAAAUGAAUAAACAUGAGCAUGGA